UCCGGAGGUGGUCACUUCCGCCGCAGCGUGCUCACUGAAUCCGGGUCAGCUGCUGCCUCCGGGACUGCAGCUGAGACCGUCCGGGAAAAGCUGGGCCCCGUCUCCACAGCCGACCAAGGGCAGCGGGCUCUGCCCGGCGCCACUUUCUGCGACCUGGCCGUCAGCCCCACGUCGCCGGCCUGGAGGGGCAAAGAGGACGAGGGGGCCGCGGCUUCCUCCGGGGACCUCGGCUGCCUGGAUUGCCAGGAGCUGGAAGUUGACAUCGAGUCUAGGCUGAGGAUGGAAGGUGUGGAACUGAAGGAAGAAUGGCAGGAUGAAGAUUUCCCAAUACCUUUACCAGAAGAUGACAGCAUUGAAGCAGAUAUACUAGAUGUAACUGAUCCAGACAGACAGCCUGGCUCGUUAGAAGUUAAUGGAAACAAAGUACGGAAGAAACUGGUGGCCCCAGACAUCAGCCUGACCUUGGAUCCUGGUGAAGACUCUCUGUGGUCAGAUGAUUUAGAUGAAGGUGGAGAAAUUGACCUGGAAGGCUUAGACACCCCAUCAGAGAACAGUGAUGAGUUUGAGUGGGAAGAUGAUCUUCCCAAACCCAAAACUACUGAAGUCAUUAGGAAAGGCUCAAUUACUGAAUACGCAGCUACAGAAGAAAAGGAAGAUGGACGCCGCUGGCGCAUGUUCAGGAUUGGAGAGCAGGACCAUAGAGUGGACAUGAAGGCAAUCGAACCCUACAAAAAAGUUAUUAGCCAUGGAGGCUAUUAUGGGGAUGGCUUAAAUGCCAUUGUUGUAUUUGCUGUCUGUUUCAUGCCUGAGAGUGGUCAGCCUAACUAUAGAUAUUUGAUGGACAAUCUCUUUAAAUAUGUUAUUGGCACUUUAGAGCUGUUGGUAGCAGAGAACUACAUGAUCAUUUACUUAAAUGGUGCGACAACGCGAAGGAAAAUGCCCAGUCUGGGAUGGCUCAGGAGAUGCUACCAGCAAAUCGACAGACGAUUAAGGAAAAACCUAAAGUCUCUAAUCAUUGUGCACCCCUCUUGGUUUAUCCGAACACUUCUGGCUGUUACAAGACCAUUUAUCAGUUCAAAAUUCAGUCAGAAGAUUAGAUACGUCUUUAAUUUGGCUGAACUGGCGGAGCUUGUUCCCAUGGAGUACGUCGGCAUACCAGAGUGCAUCAAACAGUAUGAAGAAGAAAAGUUUAAAAAGAGACAAAAAAGAGUUGAUCAAGAGCUUAAUGGGAAACAGGAACCACCAAAGAGUGAGCAGUAAGUUCCGAAUCCGUCCCGGAGGAGACAGAGCACCAGGGGCAGGGCUGUAGUGCAUCCUAGUGCACUGCUGGCUCAAGGGUUUAUGUCAUCUGUUACAAAAUUUACUUGACUUCUUUCCAAAUGAACUCUUGUACAAGGGACUGUUCACUGCUGUCAUGGUUUGCAACUGUUGAAUUUAGCUCUUUAAUGACUAAUUAUAUUGUAAUCAUUUUAUAUUGCUAAAUAGCAAAAACUACACUUUAUAUAAAACAAUUUUUACAUUUGUUUAUUUGAAAUGAUGCAUCUUCAGUAAAGUAUUUAUAUACAUAAAUGACAAAGGAAAGAAAUAAUAUAUAUUUUUAUGUUUGGGGGCAAUAUUUUUUAGUGUGUACCUAUCUCGUGGAUGAAUAUGUACAAGUAAAUAAGACCACGAUUUUAAAUGUAAAGUGCAUGUAAGACUUUGUUUUUGUAAAUGGUUGGAUACAUUUCCUGGGUAACUUAGGCUGGGUUGUCCUAAAGCAGGGGCAGGUAAAUUGACGCCAAGAAGUACCUAAGGUCAUGCAUGUGGUCUGGGCAGUAGUAGCAGCCUGAGCUUCUCCUCACCUGAAAGCACGUUGUAUCUUAAUGUGGUGGAAAGGCAGGUGGGUGAAUGACUUGUUUUCCUCUCUGAAGACAUGUUGGAACCAGAACUAGAGAUUUUGAAAAGCUAGUAGUUAGGGUUUAUUAUAUAUUUGUAUAUAAGGGACACUGUACUUUACCCAAAGUCAGAACUGUUCUAAAAAGAAAGCAAGCUCUUAAGAUGUGUUCAGUCAUGUGAGCUGAGUGGUGUCGUGUGUGUGAAGCUGUGAGGUGUGCAGAGGCUUCGAUGAGCAUUCAUGGUAGCUGCAUCUGUAGAGCAGAUGACGCUAUUGCAUGCUCUCACAGUGGGGCACUCUACCAGAGUACGUCCUCGUCGGCUGUUCGACCACAGUGGUAUUUGGCCUAAGCAGAUGGGCAUUCGCGCUGCUGUUGGAUGGUGUGACAGUGCUGUCCAUGGGUCAGUUCUGUAAGUGCUGAAGUGCUGCUGUGCACCCGGGAUGGCAUUCGCUGUAUGUAAGCCUUUAGUUCAUGUGGUUAAGUACCUUGACUGAACGUUGAAAUAAAUAUUAUUUGUGCCUCCAACCAGGGUCUAAAAGUCAUUCUAAAACAACAAAUUUGUCUAGUCUUGUGUCAUGGACUUGCCUGGUGUAUGUAUGUUUAGUGCACUAUCAGCUUCACGACCCCCAGCCCAUCAUGUAAGCUGUUUACAGAAGUGAUCCAGCAAAAUAACAUUGAACAGGCGUAAACUAAGCUUAGGUUAUUUCCUCCCACACUGAGCACAUGACCUUCACCACUGCAGUUUUUAGGGUUAAGCUUCUAUUGCAAUAGGGAAUUUUUCUUUAUUUCUUUGUCCUUCUUGGGCAUAAAUUUGACCUACUGGAUUAAAACCAGUUAUGGUCAAGCUGGAGGACUUUGUGGGUAAAACAUUUCUCCACAACCUCAGUCUAGACCCAGGACUCGUGUUGUUGCAGUGCAUUGAGCCAAAACCAUUUUGCUUGUGUUGAUGAAGGAAACUUUGAGAAUAACUAUAUAACACCAGGCAUGGUGGCAUGAAUUUAAGGGCAGCCUGGCCUACAUAGCUGCAUGGACAACCUUCUGAACUUACCCAAGAGUCGCGAGUAGCUUGUAGAUACAGUGGCUUACGGAGCCUCUCACCUACCUUGUCUCAGAAUGGACUGAGCUUUGUCUUUGGUUUUCUUCCACAUUAAGUACUAAGAUCAUCAGUUUCAAAAUACAGACUAUAACCUCAGCUUUUUACUGUGUUUUACUUUUUGCAGAAAUGGUUGGUUUGGGGUUUUUUUUGUUUGUUUGUUUUGGGUCUUUUUAAAAAUUAAAAGUAGCCUAUAUUCAGUUAGAACAUGGAGAGCUGGCUCAACAGUUGUUAAGAACACUUCCAAGUUUAGUUCCCAGCACCAAUGGCCAGCAGCAGCUCACGGCUGCCUUUAAUUCCAGCUCCAGGGGAUUUGCUUCAGUCUCUGGCCUCUGGGCAUCUGCAUACACAUGCACACAUACACAGAAUCUUUUUUUAAAAAUGAAUAAAAUUCACAAGGAACAGCCUAAUAUAACAUAUACCUUGCCUAGGGAGUCUGAAACAGAAUUCUAAGUUGGGGCCUAUCUGGGCUACAUAGCAAGCCCUUGACUGAAGAAGAAGGAGAACAGUGCUUUAACUGCACUUGAAUGAAUGUGGUAUAGAGAUGUGCCCACAGUAAACGUAAACAUACCUGUACAGCUGGUGAUAAAUAGGUUAGCGGAAAAGCCAUAUUAAGUUGAUAUUUAAUUGGUACAAUGUAACUUUUUCCCAGUCAUAUUUUAAUUUUCAUGAUUAAUUGAGGUGAAAAUGCAUAGAGUAAUUCUUUGACGUUUUUUAAUUCUUUUGACUUUUUUUGCAGGAGUCUUGGCUAAAUUUGACAGGUUUAAUUCAGGUUUUUGUUACCAUCUCUGUUACACUUUGGCUCUGACUGCCCCCUUUUUAUCAAGUUUUUCUUAGAAAAUAAUGUAACUCUGUUCUUCUUGUGUUCCUGAAAAAGCACCAAGGGAAGCUGUGAGGUUUCCACCUCACAUUGAAGCCUUUAACCAGGGGCAAGAGGGGCCAGGAAGUGUGGUGCUAAGCAGAGUUAGAAGAUAAGUGAGAAAAUGGGCCAUUAUAAAGGCUUGGUUAUCACCUACAUGCUCUCUUAAGGGACGUACUCUGUAUGGCUGCCAGUGGUUUCAUUUCCCAUUUCCACACAGAAACAGAUGUAAGGCAUGGAUUGAUGAGGAAACUGCUGGUAGCCCUGGGAUGAUACUCUCCUGUCCUUUGCAUGUUCAGACAGAAACAGGUCUGAACAAUGGCGUAGCAGCUACAGUGUCCAUGUCAAGACCAAUCCCACCCUUCACAGUUGGUAACGUUAAUGUUGGCUUCUGUGCUACCUGUCAUGACUUAAGUGUCACCAGCUCCUUGACAGUAUUCUUCCAGAGAACUUGUGUCAUGUUCCUGCAGCCAUGUAUGUGAGUGCUCAGGGAACUUGAAGAGACAAUCUCAUGAAGUGUGCUGGGAAUUAGCACUGUGACACAUGUAGCAGAGCAGGCCAGUUUCUUGAUGGAAUUGGUAGGUCUCUAUGAAAGGUGACAGUAGCUUUGGCAUUCUUUGUCCCGUGUUUUAAGUAGAGAAUUGUUGCUGGAAGAUAGUGGUGCACACUCUUUAUCCCAGCACUUUGGAGGCAGAGGCAGGCUGAUCUCUGAAUUCUACAGACUGAGUUCCAAGACAGCCAUGUCUACACAGAGAAACCCUGUCUCAAAAUGUAGAAAAAUUGUUAACACUGUUAGAUAGUUGACAACAGAGGUAGUCACUCCAUUCUGCUUUGGUUUUGUUCUGCUGUCUCCCCUCACUCCCCUCACCCCUGUUUUCCUUAGGUAUUUUAGACAUUGAUCAGUCAUAUCUCAGAGGACUGGAAUAAGAAAAAUCUAUACACAGGUGAACACUUGUACUAGUGAGAGUUUACUUUGUACUAGAAAAUGGGAAUUGGGUAGCGGGCCUUGCUAAGACCAUCAAGAAACUAGGUUUAAGCUGUGUUCUAAGCUGGUACAAAUGACCUGUCAGAGGACCCCUUUACCUUCAGCUCCCCUUCUGAGAUCCUAAAUUUUGAAUUCAGAAUCAGGAUGGCAGAAGACAGUAAUGGAGCUUUUAAGUUCUUAAUGGUAAUUGAAACAAAACAGGAUGUGAAACAGUAAGAGGUAACUUUAAUUUGAAUAGGGCAGUUUGUUGCUAUUAUAUAUAAUAUGUAAUGGUGUGGAACCAAAUUUAAAAUACUUUGAGAAAUUCACAUAGAACAUUUUAGGAUCAAGCACCAGGCGAAAACCAAUCAUUUUAGGACCUACCAUGGUGUCAUGUACAUGUGAUUCCAACACUGGAGGCUAAGGCAGAGGAUUGGGAGUUGGGGGCCAGUCUGGAUUACUUAGCAAGUUCAGGACAACCUAGGCGGGUGUACAGAGUGAAACCUGCCCUGGGUUUGGGGGUGGGGUGGGGUGGGGUGGGCGUGAUGGUGGAGUAACACAUUGCAUUAAAAUUAGUUUUAAAAUGAUAUAAGCUAUUUCAGAUAACUGCCUUAAAUUUCCUGCAAUAAUUAAAACUUGGGAUUCGAAGUUUUUGUGUAUUUGUAUACUCCAUCCUACCUUCGUAUAUAGACUUCCAAAGGUUAAUGUCCUAACAGCUGCUACAAUGUUUACUCAUGAAAACCCAGCUAGUAAAUAUUGGUGUUCAGGGCUGCCAGCUUGUCCAGUCCUUGGGGUUCUGUUCAUGUAGAACACAAUUCGGAGUUGAUCAAACACUGUUGCACUUUGCUUCAUACUUCAAAACAAUUUUCAUUAGGAGCUCACAUGCUGUCACUUAGACAAAAUUAACUCACUGUGACCUUUUUGCUGUUCUUACAUAGUACUGACUCUAGUGCUGUCAUUUCAGUGAGAAUUCAGUCUGUCUGUCUUCGAGAAACGGCUCUGGUUCUAGGCAGUGAGAAGCAGCUCUUUAGCAUCCGCAAAGUGUGCUAUUUUCUCUUCCUUUGACUUGUUCGGAAUACAGUGGUGUGUCCUCAUUUGUUACACGUAUUACCACAAUAUUAAUGCAUCUUAAUAAAUUAGUUGGAAUAUA